AUGGCUUCCCUAAAGGCUAUCAUUGACCAUGCUGUGCUUCCUCCAAAAUUACCUGGCGAAAAAGAAGAGAAUUAUCAAGAAAUAUCCUCAGAAAUCCUCAGAAGACUCAUUCGUGCCUGCGAAAAGGUGGAGAGUCUGGCAAGCUUACCAUUUGCUGAUGCUUUUCACUCUCUGGGUGAAUCUCUCCAAACAUGCAUGAACCUCAACCAAGGACGUCUUGACCGAGACACACUGCUAAAGCACUUUAGCCAACUUCGUCCAAACAUUGUUCUCAUUUGCUACGUUGUUGAGCAGAAUGCUUCACUUCUCAUAAGACUUGAGAACAACCAGAGAAGCGAUGAACAACUCGUCGUAAUAGAAUGUUUUGAAACUUCCCCAACGACUGAGAGUGUGCUCGCGGCGGACAACGCUCUGGGAUGGGAUUUCCCAGGGCGUGCUGUGCGCUUGAGUCUCAGCGACUUCAGCGACGAGAAUCUGCAAAAGGCCGUUUCUACAUUUCUCGAGCGUGCAAGCAUGGAGACUAUUCAAGAUCUUCAAGCUCAAACGAAUAAAGCAAGUGUGUCGGUUGCCGAAAUCCGAGACACUUCCGAUCCAUCUAUAAUCACUGAGAUGCUCAUGAGCAUUCUGGAAGCCAUCGGAGAAUUUGCUCAUGUUCCCAAGCUCAGAAAGAGAGUCAGAGACGAUGUGAACUUCGUGACGGGCUCGUUGCCAUGGAGAAGAUUGCCGUUUUGGCUCGUUUUGCGAGUGGCUGCUCAGAGGCACCUUAAUCUGUCACUCGGCGAAUCGGGAAAAGCAUGCUACAAGCUCUUGAUGGCCGUGUUUUUCUCCGAACUACUUCACGAUGCUACAAAUGGCCUCGUUCCUCUCGAACAGACAAGAGACCUUGAUGGAAAUUUGAAACUUGAUCCUAGCUUGGUCUUGACACUUCGCACAAAGCUGUGCCGUCGCAUGGCUAAGCUGGAACAGGAAAGAGCCAAUCUUGUGAUGCACAGAGAACAUUUCGAAAGCCUUUUCAGUUGCACUGCGCCAAUGAUCACAACCUCCAUCGAGUUUUCAAACGAUAGUGUGGCAAAUUUAUGGAAUUACGUCAAGUGGAAGACCAAACGGAAGGUCCACCGACUCCCACGAAAGGCCUCUGAUAAAUCUCUUCAACUCUCACUUAUGAAGAGCGGCAGCUAUCUCGACAGACUUCUAGAUAGCCACAGAUCGCCAAUUCCCGUUACCAACAAUGGGACACUACUGCUUCCCAACCCCAUGGAUACGCCUGUUCAAGAAGUUCAUGCAUUCACAGAAAAGAUAUUCCUUUUGACACGAAUGGAGCAAAAGUUUGAGCUGGCCAAUCUGCCAAAUAGAUUCAACACUGGAAAUGCUAAAAGUCAUUGCUGUGCAUUUGCCAACAAUAUUCAUGAGACGCUUCGGCAGCUUGGGGAGAUGUAUGAUGGCGAUCCUCUCCUACAAAGCAUUAAACUUCUCACGAUAUUCGAACUCUGGAUGCGAAUGGACGAGUGCGCCCUUGUUUCCUGUCCCCUCUUAGGUGACUAUCAACCGGUUUUUUAUCCUGAGCUUCUUGAUGCCCUCCAGUUGCCUUCUUUGCCCGAUAUGCAGCGACUCCUAGCAGUCCAAACAUAUCUGGCUAAUCGUCAUGCAAAAGCCAGACAUGGGCAUAUAUUCAGGGCUCAUGAUAAAGAUAGUUUUGCUGUUCAGUUUGCGAAGCAAUCGGAGCAGAUGAAGGCACGCUUGACGUUUGUUAUGAAGCGGUCGGAUGCUGACCGGACUGCCAAGACCAAGGAGUGGGAAUCCAAAAAAGAGGAAUACGAAACUCACUCAUUGCAGGUCAAUACACUGAUUUGUCAAUGUACGUUUCAAAACGGGAAACGUGAUGUUCGCGGUUGUACGAAAUGUUGGCACUGGAGGACGCGAAAGAAACUUCGAAUUCAACAUCAUGAAGAUUUUCUUCCGACGGACGAGGCGAAAAGCCAUAUGAUUGUAUUCGAACUGGAAAUUCCUAAAUUUCUAUCUGAUUACCGCGAUGCGACAUGGAAAAUCCUUAGAGAUCUGGCACAUCCUACCCGUCCGUCCACCAAGUCGCCUUACACGACUCUAGACGAGUGUCGUCACCUACAGCGCUUCAUGACGGCACCGAGGGGUUGCAUAUCUCUUGCAUCGGAUAAGAAGUGCUUUAGCGAAACCCAUUAUAGCUAUAGUGAUGGAUUGGUGUCCCUCAAAAGGAUCUUGUUGCCAUUUGCAGCAAACUUCCAGCUAUACGACCACGAAGCCAAGAUAUGGGUCAAAGAUCUAUCAGAGUCUCUCACGCUACAUCAUCUUUGCGGAAUACAUGUUCCACUUGGGCUUUCAAGCACAGUACUAAAGCCAGAUGUGCACCCAGCCACGAGCUUGGAUGGACCAUCUUCGUAUGAGAUUCAAGCCAAUACUACCAAAUGCCCACCCAGCAUGUCAGUGGCAGAGUUCUCGGCUUACCAAAAGCUUCUAGCUGGCAAAUCACAGCGUUGGCUCAAUAUUCUGGUGGAAUUAGGCUCGUCGAAUGUGAACUUCAGCAGCGAGGACACUGCUUUGUUGGUCUCUCAACUAGCUAUUCAGGCUGGUCCAGCCACUCAAAAAGAAUCUGGACCUUUGCGCGAUGUGCACUCGGUGUUCAGGGAAAGAAAUUUCGUUCAGAGUUUGAAGAAGCAAAUUCAGGCCCGAAUAGAUUCCAUAUAUUCUAACUGGAGAGAGACGAAUUGUAUGGAGCUUCUCAUCAAUUUGAGCUUGCGAGGUUUCUCUUUAUUGUCAGACACUGAUAUGUGUGCUGAGUUUGAACAGCUACUCAGGUCAGCGAGAGAUGCUACUCUCGGGUGGAUUAUGCCAUCUCAAGAAGAAUCGAGAAACACUCUGGACGGAAAAGAUGCUGACAGAAUCGCCACAUAUGGGCUCAAGGCAUCCCUCCUUUGUCGUCGUACUUUCGAGAUACACCUUGGCUCUGAGACAGCUUUAUCCGCGGCUGAUCUUUCCACCUGGAUCAAGGCCUCAGUCGCACUUCAGGAAAACCGAGUUAUGACUGUCAACAAUCUUUCCCCGCUAAGCAGAAGCAUGAUGAUUCGUGAUGCGAAAAUGAUGUUUCGUAUAGACGGCUUGAUUCGAGCUGCUGUGGAAGCUCAUCCAGGCGCUAUUGGAGAUGCCAUUGGAGAGAUGAUCGACAUCAAAGGGCAUGGAGCUACUGGCAAUGAGACGCAGUCCACGACAUCUUGGACGUUUCUGCAGUCCCCGCAUUCACGAUGGAUUCGAUGUAUUGUGCCUCAGAAUCAAGCAUGUUCUAGAGGCAGGCAAGUGCUUCACCUGCAUAUUCUUGAAGGCCAUUUCUUUGUGAAUGGAAAACGGCGAGGAAAUCUCCCACUAGCCAUUCGCAAUGAUCCAUCUGUCAAGUCCCUAUUUGGUGAUCAAAAUCUGCAUGUAUAUGCCUCAUCUAUGCCGGGCAUGGAAUAUGUUCUCGCGUAUUCAUUCCAAAAUAAGCGCGUCCACUUUGGCAUGCGCGAUUCUGGCGCCAUUAUUCGAACGGAGGGACGAGAAGGACGAGAUGGUCUGUUCGAAUUUAUACCAAGCAAAAUUUUUGAGCCUUUUAGCGCAUGGAGUUUUGACUUGCCCAGGAGCCUGCUGGACAACUGCUCGCACUGGCUGAACUUGGAUACGGGCAUUCUGGAAAUUCGGCGACAGCCCUCGAUUUGGAAUCGUCGACCAAAAGACUGGGUGAUUAAUGUCUUCAAACGAUAUGCAACUCGUGGUGAAAGAGUGAAUUUGGUUGAUCCGUGCUCUUCAGAAUUCAAAAAGAUUGCCAAAAUCUUUGAACACUUUGAAGUGCCACAGAGGUUGACGGUCUUUCAACCUUGGUCGGAAAGAGGCAGAUUGUCCGUUGAGCUUCGUCACCUAGAUCUUGAGUUUCACGUCAACAGUAUCGGGCUGCUCUUCUGCAAGCAACUGAAAGCGAAUAUCGACAUUGACCAAGAUGCUGGAACGUGGUAUGGGCUUGCGAGCAAGAUCGUGCUGCGAGACGCCGCAGACACAAGUAAGAGGAGUAUCAUCAUACCAAACGGAAAAUUAUCAUGGAGGUCAAACCCAAACUAUGCUGGCAUUCAUGUGGACACAUUUUUCCAACCAUCUGAUAGAUACUUUCGAUUUGACAUUGAUCAAACUCUUGGUCGCUUGGUUUCACAGCCGGAACCCCUUUUGCUGUGCAGAAUGGCUCUAUGCCAUGCGGUCACAUCUUUCUGCCUCCCAGAUCCUCUUACAGGAGUAACUGGCACGGAAGAAGCGGUACGAAUUCUCCAAUCAGGCGCAGUUCAACCUUGGUCUCCUUCGUCUUUCCCAGAACUUGGAGAGUUUGCAGUUCUGCUCCCCAAGCGACAGUACUAUCCUCCUGAGUUUAAACGUCUGCAGAGAGUGAACUGGGAUAGCCACCUCACAACGACAAUCCAAAGUGACCAACUUGAAGCUCUCAUUCGCGAAAUUGAGAGGAAAGCUGGCAAUUUAGCACAAUUCUCUCAGACAACCAACGCCCAAAGGGAGAAGUGUGUCGCAGAAGAAGCGUCCCAGCUACGCCUUCGGGCUCAAGCUCGCCGAUCCCUUUACGAACGUACAACUGCAGAUACUGCAAUUCUAAGCCAACUGUACCAACUUUAUGUACCUCGUGAUAGGCAAUCAACUUCCAGAGGCAGCCAAGUGUAUCAAGUCGCUCAGAUGAUACACUCGGAUUCCCAGCACAUAAAUAUGGGACGCAAUUUGAAACAAAUUCUUGAUGGCUGGCCUCAUAUUGGUGGCUUCAGAGAAGAUAUUUUAUUCCUAGACGCAGAAUCUCUCGCGAGCCAAAUGGAGUCACGUAUCUGCGACUGCUGGGGUUCCCUGAUCAGAAUAUGCUGCAGCGAGAAGGACAAGCCAUCGUUGAUCUUCCAAUUGGGACUACUGGCGUUCCAAUCUAAGGCCAAUAUGGACAUUGUUCUAUCUCUGGUAGCUUUGUACUGUAUAAGAGAGCUCCGGGACCUCGAACUUCCUAAGCAUGCGGGUUAUGAACGUUUCAGAGAGCGUGGACCUCCUCAACAAGCACUCCUUGAGAAACUCAUUCACAGCGCAUUCUUGCCAUGCCCUGAGACGAAUGCUAAGUGUCUAUAUUUGGAAAGACAAAAGGAACUUGAAGAGCACAUGCAAGAAUGUGUAAAUCAAAGUAAACUAUUGGCAAAGGAUAUACUGGCGCAAUGGCCAGAGCUCCCGGACAGUCUUAGCUUCGAGACUUCCCUCAUAGAUGUUCCCGCCGCUUUGGAUGCCAUUCGACCAGACUGGAACCGCAGAAAACAAAAUGACCAGUUGGAAGCCUAUGUCGAUCAGGUGGAUAGCAUUCUCAUCGCAUAUCGUCACAAAUGCGGUGGUAGAAAAUACCCCAACGAGCCGCAACUGUGGGAAAGAAACAUCUCUGAUCUCUCCGGCUUCGAAUCUCGGGACAUAAUACCAUCAUUUUCGCGAGAUCUCGUGACUAGGGCCGGUCCAGAAUUGGUCCGGGUCACGAGUCACUUUCCAAUCAAGUUCAUUAAUGUUGAAGCGCAAAAUGUUGAGUCCCAGGAAAAGCAGCGUGUCUUUUCCGAAGAGCUCACUGAACUUGAUCAGAUAUUGGACGCCUUUUCUAAGUCACCGAAUACUCUACGCCAGGAUUACAGCAGUGAUCUUCAACGAAGUUUGACUGCUCUACAAUCCACUGGCCAAACAGUACUCAGUACUUCCAUGCAGCCACUUCCAGCAUGUUAUGAGAUCACACAUGCAAUUGAGCAACUACGAGGGACGAUAGAAGCCUAUCAGAAGUCGAUCCGAGAUGCUUUUUGGUCCGGCGACACUCGCUUUACGUGGCUCACCUUGGGAGACAUCCUGCCCUGCCGAACGCCUAUCGAGAUUCUGUGCCUCCUGCAAUCUCGAGCUAACCAUCCAUUCGGUCCUGGAAUGAAAGAAGCACUCAUUAACUAUGGUUGCGCAAUUGCGGAGAUGCAGCGGCUGAUACGCCUCAGAUCAGCCGUUCUACUCAACGAUCACCGUGCUAUAAAUGAAGAGCUUCGCAACGUCGGCCAUGAGAACUGGAAUCCUAUGGAAGAGGACCCGGAUUGGCUGUUGCUAGAGAUUGACAGCAACAUAUUGAUCCGUACAGAUCAGAUUGACGUUGCACGAGCCGUUGUUAAUCCUGCCUCGGGCCAGAAUAGCGUGCUGCAAAUGAACAUGGGACGCGGUAAAACAUCUUGUAUCAUGCCUAUGGCUGCAGCAAUAUUGGCAAAUGGCGAGAACGUCUCUCGUUUAAUCGUGCCCAAGUCUCUCAUAAUGCAAACGGCAAACAUGAUGCAUUCGCGAUUAGGUGGUCUCGUUGGCAGAGAAAUAUGCCAUAUCCCAUUCUCUCGCCAGACCCCUACGACGGAUGAGAUGAUUCAACUGUACGAGCGAUUGCAUCGGGACGUCCAAAGAUCCAAGGGGUUAAUCCUGACCAGCCAUGAACACGUGUUGUCGUUCAGAUUAUCAGGGCUGCAACGCCUUGCAGAUGAUAAGACCAAAACAGCCACAAUGAUGAUCAACUUCCAGAAUUGGCUUGAUACUCAAUGCCGAGAUAUUUUGGACGAAUGUGAUUUCACUCUGUCUCCAAGAACUCAGCUAAACUACCCCAGUGGCUCAGAAAAGGAUUUUGAUGGACACCCGUUUCGAUGGCAGGUCGCAGAGGGCCUUUUGUCCAUGGUAUCAAAAUAUAUACCACAAUUGCGAGAGUCUUUUCCAGGAAGCAUUGAGCUGUUAGCAAGCUCGGGUUGGUUUCCGGCUGUUCAGUUUCUACGAAAUGAUGUCGAAGAUGAGCUUCAUCGGCUUAUAGUAGAUGAUAUCUCGAAGGGCAAAGCGCCAUUCCUUUAUAUCAAUCAUGCAAUUGACAACGAAAUCCAGACCACUAUCAAAUGGAAUGUGCAGUACGGCCUUCAUCCAGGCCGAAUACCUCUCGCAGUACCCUUUGCAGCAAAGGGUGUUCCAUCAGAGUUAUCCGAAUUCGGUCAUCCAGAUGUCACCAUAUUGCUGACUUGUUUGAGCUUCUAUUCGGCCGGACUCUCCUAUGAGCAGUUUCGGCAAGCUCUCCAGAGUAUGCUAGCCUCUGAAGAUGCGGCGUCCGAGUAUGAGAAAUGGAUCUCAGAGUGUAACAUUCCUCCUCACCUGCAGCAUUGGAAUCUCAUAAAUCUGGAAAAUGAGACGCAAUUCACUAUCAAGCUUCAGGUUUCGGCUUGGGAUAUUCCUCAGAAUUCUGGGGAGAAGUUUGCUCGUGCUGCGAGGACGACGGGGUUCAGUGGUACCAAUGACAACAAGUACUUGAUGCCUAUGAAUAUUGAGCAAGAAGAUCUUCCGGGUCUGUUACAGACAAACGCUGAGGUCCUAUCAUAUCUCCUACAGCCACGCAACCGAAAAUAUUCAGUCUUGGUUGAUCACAAUCUUUGGCGCCUCAGUGAGCAUGACAUGCUGAAGACGAUUCAUGAUCAGGGUAUCAGGAUUCUUAUUGACUCUGGUGCAUACAUUCUUGAGACGGGCAACAGGGACCUGGCAAAGCUAUGGCUUCAAGUUGAUGGAGAGGCACAGGCAGCCGUUUACUUUCAUUCCGACAACCGAGCUUGGGUUGUCUAUAGAGAUCCUGCGAAGACAGAUACUCCACUAUUGGCAACAAGGCUUGCAAAUAAUUUGGAGAACUGUCUCGUCUACUUCGAUGAGGCGCACACCAGAGGGGUAGACCUCAAGCUGCCUGAGAAUGCGCGCGCUGCAUUGACUUUAGCUCUUAAGCAAACCAAGGACAACACGAUGCAAGCCGCCAUGCGUCUACGACAGCUACGCACAACGCAGUCUGUGAUGUUUUUCGCACCUCCGGAAGUUGACAUGAGUAUCAGAGAUGUUUGCCGUAACCGACUGCCGAUUAAUACUCAUAUUGAAUCUCCACAUGUCAUCUUCUGGCUUCUGGAGCAAACCUGCAGAGCCAACGAAGACCUGCAGCCACUUUUCCAGGCACAAGGCAAUGACUUCUGUCGGCGUACAAAUGCCCUGUUAAAGUAUCCCGACUAUUUAACCUCGGAAAAUUCUAAACGUAAUCUUUUGAAGAGACUGCAACAGCCAGAGCAUCAGACUCUGAUGCAGAUGUACGGCGACAGAUCAAGGUCUUCGACAUCGCAAGGGCUUGAAACUAUGCUCUCUUCUCGCCUCCAAGAUUUCACACACAGGCUCUCUCAGUUCGAUAUCUCUGGUAUUUAUGAAGAAGACAUUUUUGGGGAAGUGGAGCAGGAGCAAGAGCGCGAGCUCGAAGUGCAGCUGGAAACCCAACGCGAAGUAGAAAGGCCAGUUCACUACAAAGCACUCAACUAUCCCGGACUGAGUGCAGCAAUCCUGGAGUUUUUCAAGACUGGAAAGCUGAAUACCACUGACAAAGAGAUACGACAGGCUUUUGACCAUAUUGGCGCCACAGAGGAAUUUGGCCGAACCAUUAAGCUUCCUCGGAAAAACCCAACUGUAGGCGAUCGCUUCUUGCGCCCCGUAGAAUGGGUACUCUGGAGCCCGUCUACCUGGACUGCUCUGGUGAUUAUCCCAGAAGAAGCUGAACUCCUCAUUCCGAAACUUCGACUUGCCCGAGGCAAAGCAAAAGUUCAUCUGAUCGCCUAUGCGGCUCCUAUCACUCGAGCCAUGGUGCCCUUCAACUACCUCCGUUAUUAUUCGCUCCCGCCAAUCCCUUUGAAUGCUACGUUUCCUGCGUGGCUCAAAGUCGAGCUCGGCAUUCUGUCAGGCCGACUCUACGCAGAUUUUGAGGAAUGGAAGCUUAUUUGUGACUAUUUUAAAGGCUCACCCAAGGGAAAUAUUAGCCGUGAAUUCCUCUUAGAAUGGCUUGGAGUCCGUUGCAGAGCUCAUGAUGUGCUUCACACGCCAAUGGGAUACAUUUGCUUGGACCGAACGGCGACUGAGAUGGAUCCUUUCUUUGUCCAAACUACGACUGUAGCUGCUCCUACAAUUCCAGCUGUCCCGGUUGAAGAUGACGUCGAGGAGAUAGAGGAUGAGAAGUGGGAAGAAGAAGAGAGUGAUGAUGAAGAUGGCAGCCUCUAUAUCGAUGAAACCAAAGACGGCAGUGUCGAAAAAUACGAUAGUGCUGAAGAAGACGACAGUUCUGAGGAAAACGACAGUGGCGAAGAAGAUGUUAGUGAUGAGGAAAGUGACAGUGACGAAGAAUACGAAAAGUGA